GUUGCGACUGGCCGACUGCCGACUUUCGAGGUUUAUAUGUUUCAGAAAUAAAUUUGGCAGGACUGCAUGCUUUGUUGCAGACGACUCUCUCUUGAUUGUUUUUUGGUUUUUAGGAAAACACUUAUUUUUUUGCUCUUGCUUUUUGGUCACUGGACAGUGCUGCAUCAUUAUUCAGUUGAAAGUUCUGAAUGGGCAUCAAAUCUAGUAUAAAAAGUGGUUUUUAAUCAUAAUGGAAGUUCUUAUAAAAGUUGAAGAAACUGAAAAAGUAGAUGUUCAAAACGGUCUAAUAAACAAAGAGGAAACUGAAGAAAAUAAAGAAGCUCAAGAAUGUUGCACUAGCAAACCGUUGGUGCAUACAAUCGAAAAAGAAACAAAAAAUACUGGGCACUCUAGCCGUGAUAAACAUCUUUGCACCGAGUGUGGAGCGAAUUUUGUUUCUAUGCUAAAGUACAUGGACCACCUUAAUCGUCAUACUGGGAAUAAGCCAUAUGUUUGUGAAGAAUGUAACAAACAGUUCUUUACCUUAUCAUAUUUAAGAAAUCAUCAAAAACUACACUCUGCUGACUAUCAAUUCAUUUGUGAGUUCUGUGGCAAAGCUUUCAGAUUAAAAAAUAAUCUGCAAAUGCACGAACUGACUCACACAAAGGAGAAACCAUUUAAGUGUGAUCUUUGUGAUAAAGCAUAUACUCACCCAAUGAAUUUGAAGAUACACAAGCAAGAACAUACAGGUGCGAAACCAUUCCAGUGUGAAACUUGCGGUAGAUGUUUCCGAACAACACACCGACUUAAAACCCAUAAAAUGUCUCACACAGGUGAAAAAGCUUUCAGUUGUCUAAACUGUGAAUCAAAAUUCACAAGCAAUUCAAAAGUAAAAAGACAUAUGAACCUCCAUUGCAAAUUUUCCAAAGGAACAAAGCUCCCUGCUGGUGAUGAAAAUGAAUAACUAUAGACCAGGCUAAAUCCAAUAUAAGAUUGAAUUAAGUGUCAAAUGGUGAUAAUGAAAAUAAACUAUGAAAUAUGGCAAGGACUG